ACUACUAAUUAGUACACAACCAAACACCCCCUUAUAUUUUUUGCACCAUUUCCUAGUACACUCGUGUGCUUAAUAAACACUUCUAACUAAAAGUCUUUCUUCUUCUUUCUUUCUUCUUCUUCUUGUUAUGGCAGCAGGAACAGGAGCAGGAUCUCCAUGUGGAGCGUGCAAGUUUUUACGCCGAAAAUGCGCGUCGGAUUGCAUUUUCGCCCCGUAUUUCUGCUCCGAACAAGGCCCGGCCCGUUUCGCUGCCAUACAUAAGGUGUUUGGAGCUAGUAAUGUGUCUAAACUACUCUUACAUCUUCCUGUGCAUGACCGUUGUGAGGCUGUUGUUACUAUUGCUUAUGAAGCUCAAGCCCGGAUCCGUGACCCGGUUUAUGGUUGUGUUGCCCAUAUCUUUGCCUUGCAACAACAGGUUGCAUAUUUACAAGCACAAUUAGUACAAGCAAAGUCACAACUAGCCAACACUUUGGUAGACAACAGAAGCAUAGAAAAUCAAUGGACAACAACAACAACAACAACAACAAAUGGGAAUUAUCCAGGCAUUAUUCAAACAGCAGGUUUUCAGACACAAAGUUGCCCAACAACAACAACAACAACCAACAGAAAUAACAAUAAUAACAACAAUUACAUUAAUAAUAAUAAUCCAAUAUCUCCACAAAGUUCACUUGACUCAAUUGAUCAACAAAAUGUAAGUCAUGAUCAUCAUGGAAUGAUGGUAAUGGCAAUGCAAGACUAUGGUGGAGUAAUUCAGGCAAAAUCGGAGGGUAUUAUUGGAAAGAAAAGAACACAUAAUGAUAUGGGUGAGCUUCAAGAAUUGGCCCUUAGGAUGAUGAGAAAUUGAUUUUUAUUUUAUUAAUUAAUUUCUUGUCUUUUUUUUAUAUUUUAAAGAAAUUAGAGAUGAGAAAAAAGAAAAAUGGUGAUGGUGGUUUAAUGACUAUAAUCCCACAAAUGAUUGUAAAUAACAAGGGAUUGUCAGAGUUAGCUAGCUAAUUUUUAGUGCUUAGUAUAAAAAUACAAUGUUUGGCAUUAUUAUAAGAUGAGGUACACCCUAAUUUAUGGCAUUAUGUUUUUUUUUUUUUUUUUGAAUUUCUUCUUUUGAUCCAUACAAUUAUCAGUUGAUCAACAUCUUGAAUACGUAAUUAUUGUUUUUUUGUUGCUAAUAGAGGUGUUAAUAAUAUAUAAUGAUAUCUUAAUCAAACGGAACUAAGAAUAAUAAUGCCUUUAACAUAUGAGUAUAUGAUUUUGUCGAACUU